AUGGGUGAAGAAGAGGACGCCGCUGCCCGGACGGAGAAGGUUAUCCGCAUCCAGCGAGUGUUUAUAAACCUGCUGGACUCCUACAGCAGCAGAAACAUCGGGAAGUUUCUGUCUAACUGUGUCGCGGGGGCUUCCCUUGAAGAAAUUACAGAAGAAGAGGAAGAGGAGGAUGAGACUAAGUCAGGUAUGCCGGAAGCCUCCUUGGCCAAACUGAAGGAAGGCACGUUCCAGAUCGUGGGCACGCUGUCCACGCCGGAAAGCCUGCGGCCCGACUUUGCCGUGGAGACCUACUCUACCAUCUCUCGGGAAGACCUUCUCCUGCGCCUGCUGGAGUGUGAUGUUAUCAUUUACAACAUCACUGAGAACGUGCAGCAAGUAGAGGAAGCCACGUGGGCGGUCUCUGCACUGAGUGAGGAAAUCGUCCAUUUCGAAAAACGAAAGGUGUUUAUUUUACUAUCCACGGUGAUGACUUGGGCGCGAUCCAAACCCCUGGACCCCGAUGAUAAUGAAGUUCCAUUUACUGAAGAGGAUUAUCGAAGAAGAAAGCCCCAUCCUAAUUUUCUGGACCACAUAAAUGCAGAAAAAAUGGUUCUCAAAUUUGGAAAAAAUUUUCUUAUAUCUUUAGAUAAAUAUAAUAUUCACGAUCUCGAAAAAAUUAUCCGGUGCAUCAGUAAAAGUACCGGCCCUGGGAAAAUCCAGAAAUUACCCAAAGAAAAUGCUUCCCUAACCAAGGACUUAACACAAGAUUGUCUUGACCAUUUAUUGGUCAACUUAAGAAUGGAAGCGCUCUUUGUGAAGGAGAAUUUUAAUAUUCGAUGGAAUGCCCGAACAGGAUUUGUGGAAAAUAUCAACAAUAUCCUCAAAGAGUACAAGCAAAGCAGAGGAUUAUUGCCGAUCAAGAUCUGUAUUCUGGGUCCUCCCGCAGUGGGGAAAUCCAGUAUUGCUGGAGAACUGUCCAAGUACUACAAACUGCACCACAUCAAACUGAAGGAUGUCAUUUCCGAAGCCAUAGCAAAACUGGAGUCGAUUGUCGCACCUAAGGAUGCAGGAGAAGGAGAAGAAGAGGAAGAAGGUGAAGAGGAAGAAGAGGAGGAGAACGUGGAAGAUGCUCAGGAGCUCCUAGACGGCAUCAAGGAAAGCAUGGAACAGAAUGCAGGCCGAAUAGAAGAUCAAUAUAUAAUUAGAUUUGUGAAAGAAAAGCUAAAAUCAAUGCCUUGCAGGAAUCAAGGUUACAUUUUGGAUGGAUUCCCAAAGACCUAUGAUCAAGCAAAAGAUCUUUUCAAUCAGGAUGAUGAGGAGGAGGAAGAAGAAGCCAGAGGCAAAAUAUCUCCCUAUGAUAAGUUAAUUAUACCUGAAUUCGUCUGUGCGCUGGAUGCUUCCGACGAGUUUCUGAAGGAGCGGGUGAUAAACCUUCCUGAGACCGUCGUGGCGGGGACGCACUACAGCCAGGACCGAUUCCUCCGGGCUCUGAGCAACUACCGGGACAUCAAUACUGAAGAUGAGACUGUCUUCAACUAUUUUGAUGAAAUUGAAAUCCACCCGAUACACAUGGAUGUAGGAAAACUCGAAGAUGCUCAGAAUAGACUUGCUAUCAAACAGCUCAUCAAAGAGAUUGGGGAGCCUCGAAAUUAUGGUUUAACAGAUGAAGAAAAGGCGGAAGAGGAGCGGAAGGCUGCAGAGGAAUGCCUGGCCAGGGAGGCUGCUGAGGAAGCAGAACGCCAGCACAACGAGGCGGUGGAGAUGGCGGAGAAGCUGGCUCGCUGGGAGGAGUGGAACAAACGACUAGAGGAAGUGAAAAGGGAAGAAAGAGAGUUGCUGGAGGCUCAGUCUAUUCCCCUGAGAAACUAUUUAAUGACCUACGUUAUGCCAACUCUUAUGCAGGGUCUGAAUGAGUGUUGUAAGGUCAGACCAGAGGAUCCCAUUGAUUUUCUGGCAGAAUAUCUCUUCAAGAACAAUCCUGAAAUGCAGUGA